CCCACCCCCAGGGCUCCCUAAAGACGGCCACGAGCUGCGAAAGCGCGGGAAAGGCGGUUGGACAGGGAGAAGCGAGCGGUUACUCACUCCAUGGCUGCGGCAGGAAGAGGCAGCGGUGGCCUCGGCUGAAGAAAGAAGACUCAGUGGUCAGCGGAAACUUGAUGAUAGCAUCGUGGUCCAGCUUGUUUCUCCUGGGGGUCUUUUCCGAGGAUAUUUGGGCUGCCUCCGGAGUCGCAGUGUCCUGAGCCUCAGGAAGAAAUCUUCCCAAGGUUGCAGACACCGACGGAUUUGCUUUGGGAGCCGGAGUAGCUGCCGCCAUCAGAGUCUGGAGCCAUGAGCGGGUUUAAUUUUGGAGGCACUGGGGCCCCUACAGGCGGGUUCACGUUUGGCACUGCAAAGACGGCAACAACCACACCUGCCACGGGGUUUUCUUUCUCCACCUCUGGCACCGGAGGGUUUAAUUUUGGGGCUCCCUCCCAACCAGCCGCAAGUACCCCUUCCACCAGCCUGUUCUCACUUGCCACCCAGACUCCGGCCACACAGACGCCAGGCUUCAGUUUUGGAACAGCAACUCCUGCUUCGGGGGCAGCUGGAUUUUCUUUGGGGACUGGUGCCUCAAAGCUAAACCUGAGCAACACAGCUGCCACCCCAGCCAUAGCAAACCCCAGCAGCUUUGGGCUGGGCAGCAGCAGCCUCACUAAUGCCAUGCCGAGCACCGCCACCUCCAGCCAGGGCACAGCACCCACUGGCUUUGUGUUUGGCCCCUCCACCACCUCAGUGGCUCCAGCCACCACAUCGGGAGGGUUCUUGUUCACUGGUGGAAGCACAACCCAAACCUCCGGUUUCAACAUGGGCUCAGCAGGGAAUUCAGCCCAGCCCACAGCACCUGCCGGGUUGUCCUUCACUCCGGCCACGCCAGCAGCCACCACAGCAGGCACCACUCAGCCAGCUGCGCCCACACCGACGACCACCACCACCAGUGCUGGGCCCACCCUCUUUGCCUCAAUAGCAACCGCUCCAACCUCAUCCGCCACCACUGGCCUCUCCCUCUGUACCCCUGCGACCACAGCAGGAGCCCCUGCCGCUGGGACACUGAGCUUCAGCUUAAAGGCACCCGGAGCAGCUUCCGGCACCUCCACAACAACAUCCACCACUGCCACCACCACCACCAGUAGCACCGGCAGCACCGGCUUUGCCUUGAAUUUAAAACCACUGGCGCCAGCCGGGAUCCCCAGCAAUACGGCAGCCACCGUGACUGCUCCACCUGGCCCUGGUGCAGCCGCAGGGGUGGCCACCAGCUCCGCCAUGACCUACGCACAGCUGGAGAGCCUGAUCAACAAAUGGAGCCUGGAGCUGGAGGACCAGGAGCGGCACUUCCUCCAGCAGGCCACCCAGGUCAACGCCUGGGACCGCACGCUGAUCGAGAACGGGGAGAAGAUCACCAGCCUGCACCGAGAGGUGGAGAAGGUGAAGCUGGACCAGAAGAGGCUGGACCAGGAGCUCGACUUCAUCCUGUCCCAGCAGAAGGAGCUGGAAGACCUGCUGAGCCCGCUGGAGGAGCUGGUCAAGGAGCAGAGCGGGACCAUCUACCUGCAGCACGCGGACGAGGAGCGCGAGAAGACCUACAAGCUGGCCGAGAACAUCGAUGCGCAGCUGAAGCGCAUGGCCCAGGACCUCAAGGACAUCAUCGAGCACCUGAAUACGUCCGGGGCCCCUGCCGACACCAGCGACCCGCUGCAGCAGAUCUGCAAGAUCCUCAACGCACACAUGGACUCGCUGCAGUGGAUCGACCAGAACUCAGCCCUGCUACAGAGGAAGGUGGAGGAGGUGACCAAGGUGUGCGAGGGCCGGCGCAAGGAGCAGGAGCGCAGCUUCCGCAUCACCUUUGACUGAGCCACUGCGGUCCCCAGGGAGCUCCACGGGGGGGCGUGCCCUGUUGUCUAGUGGGAGGUUGCAGCAACAUACUUGUUUCUUGCUUUCCUUUGCGUGACUGUGCCCUUGAGACAGUUGCUAUGUGCUUUGACUUUUUCCACUUAGGAAGUAUUCUGAGCUCUCUGCCCAGGCAACAGCUUCAUGGGUGUGGCUUUCAUUUCAG